AAACAAGAUUAAAAAAUCUUGACAAAUGACAUUUCUUCGCUUUUAUUUCGUUUCGACAAGAUUUCACCGUAAUUCGAGAUUUACACGUAUUAAUGGGUUUAAAUGUUUAUGAAACGGGUGUGAUAUAUUAAUCAAAUAGUACAAAUCUUGUCCAGAACAAAAUUAGUGGCUAAUACAGAACUGAAUGUGGAACAUACAUCAGCUGUUUGAUGUUUUGUGUUUAGACUGUGGUUGCGUGAUUGUAACAAAUUAGAUUUCCAUUGUACAUCAUUCCAAGAUAAUAUUUUUAUAUCUGAUAAUCAUGACUACUACUGCGAAUGGUGCGUACAAUUUCAAAGUGGUGCUGCUGGGUGAGGGUUGCGUUGGCAAAACUUCUUUGUUGUUACGUUAUAUCGAGGACAAAUUCAACGACAAACACCUUACUACGCUGCAGGCUACAUUCCUGAACAAAAAAAUUAAUAUCAAUGGUAAACGUAUCAAUUUAGCAAUUUGGGACACAGCAGGCCAGGAGAAGUUUCAUGCACUGGGACCUAUUUACUACAGAAAUUCCAAUGGAGCUAUCCUUGUUUAUGACAUCACUGACGAAGAUUCUUUUGUGAAGGUCAAAAAUUGGGUUAAAGAACUCCGAAAAAUGCUGGGAACCCAGAUAGUGCUGGUCAUUGCUGGAAAUAAAAUUGAUUUAGAACAUGAAAGGACAGUGCCACUAGAGGAAGCUGAAAGCUAUGCUAACACUGUUGGUGCUAAACACUUCUACACAUCAGCCAAAUUGAACCAAGGUGUGGAGGAGCUAUUCCUGGACUUGACACAAGAGAUGACAGACCGGUUUGAGCAAAACAACAGGUCAGAUGGCAACCAAUCACCACGGAUUCAAAUUGUUGAUGAUGAGGCUCCAGCACAUUCCUCAUGUUGUUCAGGUUCCCGGAGUAACUGAAAACAAAAUAUUCAUUGGGAAGUUUACAAGGAUGCUAUUAAGAGUCAGUAUAUUAUUGAUUAGACAUUUUUGAAAAGCAAAAUAUCAGGAAGUUUUAUAACUUGGCAGUAUAACCCUAAGUUUGCCACUUUGUGCA